CCUUCUUCGUCCAAAAGAUUUUGGAGACCAAAACGCCAUGACCUCCUGCUGACCCUUAUCCAUGCAAACCUCGUUUUCCUGUCUGUCCAUCCAUCCAUCCUAUCCAUCCAAUCCGGCAUACUAUCUCGGUGUACACACACAGCUACCUACCUACCUAGCCACCUACCUACGAUCAUCGUCAGACACCUUGCCGCCAGCCCACCAACCAACUUCGACCUCUAUUGUUGUCAUGCUUGUCACCUCGUCUGAGGUUGCUUGUCUAACGGCAUAGAUCUAGAUCGAUAAUCCUCUUGCUUUGCAUUAUAUACUAUUGCACUGCAUCAGAACACAUUACGCAACACGCGCCGCGUGAGCUGGUCGACCAAGGUUGUCGAGUCUGACUACCACACCACCUGUCAACCCAUCAUCAUCCACCAUGCCUCCACCAAUGGAUACCAGCUACCUGACUACGCAAGUGACGACCAUCAUCGGCCAACUUCAUUCCAUCUUUGACGAGAUCGGGGUCCCCAGAAAUGAGCGCGAUUCUCGAGAGACGGAGCUAUUCGCAGCUCUGUCAGAAACCCUACAUAACCAGCUGCGCCUGGUCAACUCUGAGAAAAAUGAAAUGACCGAAGAAGCGCAAAACAUCAUCAAAACCAUCAAACAGAUGGAAUCGUCGCUGGACGACGAAAAAGAUGCUGGCUAUGAUCUCGACACCAACGGUCUUCGCGUCACAUACCCUCUCAUCGAUUGCCUACGCGACCUCAAAGAGAAAUACAACGUCGUCAGCCGACUCCACCGCGAACGAUUCGAACAAGUCAAGAAACUCGUUCAAGCACUCCAGUCAUACUCGUCACAUCUCGAAUCCUCCUUCGUCAAGAUCCGUCUCCCACCGACCUCAUCCAACACCUGUCCUCCAAACUUUGAUCUCUCGCCUUCAUACGUCACUACACUAGACGAAGAAUUCACGCGUGUGUACGAUGAAUACAACAGAAGAGUUGUCGUCGUUCAACAGACAUCAGAGGAGAUCGUCAGGUUAUGGUCCGAAUUGGGAAUUCCACAGGCGCAAACCGAUUCGCUUAUUGUGCAACAUUAUCGUGAUUCGCCGGAACAGUUGGGUCUGCAUCAAGCGGAUGUGGAUCGUUUGAGGAGUCGACGCGAUAAAUUGUUGGACGAGAAAAAAUGUCGUGAAAAGCGGUUGGCAGAUAUCAAGAAAUCGAUUGAAAAUCUCUGGGACCGGCUCGGUAUUGAAGAAGGUGAUCGAAAGGCCUUUCUCGCCGCGAAUCGUGGUUGUGGGUUGAGAACAAUCAAUGAAUUCGAGGAUGAAUUGGCGAGAUUGAAUGAACUCAAGCGACAGAAUCUACAUUUGUUUGUGGAGGAUGCUCGAGUCAGAUUACAAGAAUUGUGGGAUUCGCUUUUCUUUUCGGAAGAGGAGAUGCUCGACUUUACACCUGCUUUCUCCGACGUAUACAGCGAUGCUCUUCUUUCGGCACAUGAAGCAGAAAUCGAAAGAUUGGCUACACUCAAAGAGCAACGCGCCCCAAUUUUGGAGAAAGUGGAAAAAUACCGGUCGCUGGUCGCGGAUCGUGAAUCGCUGGCCGCAUCUGCCAAUGAUGCCUCGAGACUGCUGCUGAAACCUCAGAAGGGCGAGAAGCGUGAUCCUGGCAAGUUGUUACGAGAGGAGAAGAUGAGAAAGAGAAUCGCAAAAGAACUUCCCAAAGUGUCGGCGGAUCUGGCAAAGACCUUGCAAAAGUACGAAGAUGAAUAUGGCCGACCUUUCUUGAUCCAUGGAGAGCGAUUUCUUGAUGAGCUCGAAGAAGUCGAGGUCAAAGCUCCUCCAGCCCGGUCAAAGACUCCAAACGGACUUCCACCCAGGACCAAAACUCCCGCCCCAGCACCGACGACGACGAAGACACAGGCCAGUGCAGCCAAAGCUCCCCAAGCAACACGGCCUGCAAGUGUGAUGAAAGCGCCAGCCCCGAGAUCCAAUGCAAAGACGCCCACAGGAAGCCGACCAGGUACGCUGAGACAACAGGCAGCGCCUUCUACGACAAGAACAGCGCCAGCUUCUCAGAAAUCCCCCUCUAAGAUCCCCGCUCGAGUUCCUUUGAGUAAUCUCAAGAACGGAAACCAUUCUCCAGAAAGACGAAACGCAACCCAGCCUGCCAUGCAAUGCCCUCCCUCAGAACCGGUCCAAAACUAUGCUUCGACGGCGAGAAGCAUGGGACCCCCUCGUGCGCCACCUCCCAAAAUGCGAGAUUUGUUCGUUCCACCAGAGCAGCCCAUGACCACAGAACAACACAAUCUCAACCCCUCAACCCGACCAGCGUCAACGUUGUCUUCCGAGUCAAAUGAAAGCAGUCGAUAUGUGAGACAUACGAGCCCAGAAGAUGUGUAUAACGACAGCGAAAGAAUGUCAUACAUGUCUGCGUCCCUCGUCCAACGCGACCAACAACAGAGGCAAGUACUUGGAUAUCAGCAACCCCCUCCCCAGCUCCAUGACCAGUACUAUCAGAGCCAUAAUCAGCGGAGCUAUCCAUCAUCUCAGACUUCGUCACAUAGUCAAAGUGUGUCACAUCGUCACAAUCCCUCGGCUCCAGCGUCUCUCGCAACAGCAUCUCGUCAAGCAUCAAACUCAUCCUCCAACAUGACAACGGGAACGACGGCAUCCGGUUCCGAGAAUUGGGAGACUUUCUCGGAUGGAUCCGAGGUGGAACCUGAGAGGGAUAUUCGCGACGUCUACCAAUCUAAAUCGCAGAAUCAUCCACACACGGCUCAUGUGUCAACCACAAAUGCGUUGGGGAUGAACCACAAUUUUAACGGUAUCCGGCCGGUGACGGCGCACGGCCAUGGCAACUUUGCAGGAACCAUGGGGCCACCGCCAGCCAAGAUGCGGAUGCAUGUUAACAACCCGCAUUCGCAGCAGCACCAUGGCCAUCAUCAAUUCCGUGAAGUAUCGGAUGAAAAAGCACGGAGGAUAGAUGACAGUGAUGCGGCUUGGAGCACGGAGCUCGAGGAGACAUAUUGAAGGGUGUAAGACAAUUGCUCAAAGGCGUGUAAUGACCUGUUGGAUGGCGCUGCUGGGGGUGUGGAUUUCGGACGGUGAGGACAUUUGGUUGCUCGGCCGGUACAGAGCGAGCUGGAACAGAGAUAUCACAAUCUCACUGAUGACGCAUUAAUGACUUGUUAGAUCUUGCCAACAUCUCUCGGGGAGUGUGCAAGUUGUUAUGUAUGGGGCCUAGGCGUUGGAAAGUUUUCUUGUGUGAUUCGUCUAGCUCGUUAGUAGAGCCUUUCCAGGGUGUAUGAUUAACCUUG